AUGUCCAUCGUCUCGCUUGUGCCGGAAGUCUAUGUCGACGUGAAACGCAUUCCUGACUUCUUGCCUUGGGGUCUGCGCUACAACGCUUUCUACCCGUACUCCGACCUCUUCUCUCACAUCGUCAACACCCAAGCCACCGCUCCGCCCUGGGACGCCGAGCUCGAGGCGUACUAUCGCACCUUUCACCCCGACGUGUGGCUGUAUCUGAUGAUGGACCAUCAUACGGAUGCGAGCGCGUUAGAGAGCUUGCGAGGCAGACUGGACGCGCUUCGGCAGUCGGGACUCGUCGAGGACUCGCAUACUGGCGCCGCUCUGGAGGACCUAGAGGUGGCGAUAGGCAUGGUCGAGGCGAGGCUGCGGAAGAGAUGGGAAAAGAUCUUCGGGUUGAGGGACAUUCGCGACAAGUACUUCAGGAUGCACGGCGUCUACGCAGGCGGAACCGACUACUACUGCGUCGACGACCAUUUGAACGAUCUGCAAUUCCCAGCGCCCGCAGCCGCCCAGCACUCCCUGUGGCCGCUCUCGUACCGACCCGAAGGUAACGAUGCAACGGUGCGACUUGACGACGACGUCGAUUGGACCCGAUACACUCUGCCGGAUCGCCCGACAGCCAGAUCUGAGGACGAGCGGAGGCGGCGCGAGGGGCAGAGGGCGGAGCAGGACGCGGAAGGACGCGAAGCUGCACCUAGAGCGCCGCGAUGGGACGACGAAGCGGCGCCUCUCCUCGCCGCGCCCGUCGAUGAAGCGCGCUCGUCCGGCUUCUCCUUCAGUUUCUCCGGUCUACUUCGCCAUCGCCCUACUCAAGCUGUAUAG